UUCCUCCUCCUGCUCCUCUUCCUCCUUCCUCUUCCUCCUCUUCCUUCUCUUCCUCCUCCUCCUCUUCCCUUGUACCUCCACCCCAGAGGCUUCAGUGAACACCCUGAAGGUCCCACCUGGUUUCCAGAAUAUCAGUGAGACAGAAAGACAGAUCGACGAGAGGUUACAAAAAAACAGAGGUUCCAACAAAACCCCUCUGGUCUUUCUAAUUCAUUUGGUAACCAUGAUGACCACUCUUUUUUCCUCCUUACCUGGGCACCUGGUGAACCCCCAAGUCCCCCUGCCAUCAUCGUUGCUGCUUCUGCUGCUGAUACAACUGUUUACAACUCAGUGCCCGGCUGCUCCCUCAGGGCCUGAGUCAGACACCUGCUCCACUCUGGUCCAGAGCCGAUUCUUCGGCCACUUCCUGUCCUCCUCCACUUUCCCCACGGCACCCUGCUCCUGGACCCUGCAGAACCCAGACCCGCGCCGCUACACCAUCUUUAUCAAGGUAACCAAACCUACCUCCACAACGGACUGCAUUCCCCGGCAGCUCCGCACAUUCCAGUUUGACUCGUUUCUGGAGACCACGCGCACCUACCUGGGCAUGGAGAGCUUCGACGAGGUGGUCAAGCUGUGUGAAUCUUCAUCCCCUGUGGCCUUUCUGGAGGCUGGGAAACAGUUCCUACAAAUGAGGAAAGGGCCGCCCCGGGCCGGCGUGACGGUCACCACCCCUAACCCUGGCGAAGAUGGGGAAUUUAAGACAGAGUACCUGGUGGUGGGGAAGCGUAACCCCAGCAUGGCAGCGUGUCAGAUGCUGUGCCAGUGGCUGGAGGACUGCCUGGCAUCCAGCACUUCUAACAGGCCCUGUGGUAUCAUGCAGACCCCCUGCCAGUGCUGGGAGCCCCCUCCUCCUCCACAGCUCAGCGAGGGGGAUGGAUGCUACAGGAACGGGUUCUAUCUGGAGAACUGCCUACCCAGCUCCAAUGAGAAGAGUGAUACUGACAGCAACAGCAAAGGCCGUCAUCUCUCUCGCAGCCAAUCACUUCGCUCCGUGGACAGCCGCAAGCGCGAUGGCGGCGGUGGCGAGGUAGACAAGACGCGGGGCGGUGGCGGCGGACAGCAGGCCCCACAGACAGCCUACACCUUCACCCCUCAGCUGGACCAGACUCGCGUCCAGGGUGAGAAGUGCGUCUGUGUGGUUCUCUCUAUAAAUCAUACCCUAGCCGCUCUGAUUGCAGUGCAUGGGACUUGGGAUGAGUGGUCGCCAUGGAGCUUGUGUUCGUCAACCUGCGGCCGUGGUUACCGGGAUCGCACACGCAGCUGCAAGCCCCCUCAGUUUGGGGGAGACCCCUGUAUGGGGCCGGAGAAGCAGACCAAGUUCUGCAACAUCGCUGUCUGCCCAGUUGAUGGGGUGUGGAAUGAGUGGGCUAAUUGGGGUUCAUGCUCUGCGUCCUGCUCCAACGGGACCAUGCAGCGGAUCAGGGAGUGUAACGGACCUUCGUAUGGAGGAUCAGAGUGUCGCGGGGAGUGGAUAGAGACCAGAGACUGCUUCUUACAGGAGUGCCCAGUGGAGGGGAAGUGGCAUCCUUGGACAUCGUGGGUGGGCUGCACCAAGACAUGUGGUGGGGGGAGCCAACAGAGACAGAGGAUUUGCUAUGGGCCCUUCUUUGGGGGUGAAAAUUGUCCUGGAGAUCGAGAGGAGGUGCGACACUGCAAUGAGAAGCGGUGUCCAGAACCUCAUGAGAUCUGUGCAGAGGAGAACUUCUCCAACGUAGUGUGGAAAAUGACUCCAGCAGGGGACACAGCGGCCGUACGCUGCCCUCCCAAUGCCAAUGGGCUGAUCCUGAGGCGGUGCACUCUGGAUGAUGAGGGAAUAGCCUACUGGGAGAACCCCACUUAUAUGAAGUGUAUCUCCAAUGACUACCGCAGCAUCCAAACYCUGACUAGGGAACACCUGUCCAAGGCCCAGCGGGGGCUUGUGGGGGAUGGAGUUUCAGAGGUGAUGACCAAGCUCAGGGUGACGUCCAGCGAUGGGACCAGCUACAGUGGAGACUUGCUGGCCAUAGUGGACGUACUGAAGAARAUGACAGAGAUCUUCAGAAGGGCCUACAACAGCCCCAGCAAUGCAGACAUGAGAAACUUUGUCCAGUCAGUCAGUAACCUGCUGAUGGAGGAGAACAGAGAGAGAUGGGAAGAAGCACAACUGUUGGGUGCUGGCUUCAAGGAGCUGUUCCGGUUGGUGGAAGACUUUGUGGACGUCUACGGUCUUAGGAUGAAAGACUUCCAGGACAUGGUUGAGGUCACCGAUAACUUAGAACAGAGGGUGUGA